CCGAGUACAGCACAGUGAUCCAAACGGGUGUGAGUAAAAGUUCCCUGCUGCGGCGAACAAGCGAGCGUCUUUCUCCUGCGGGAUUAUUUAUAGCCGGCUCCGCUGCCUGGCCGGGCUCCCUCUGCCUGACCCAGGGACACACCCUGCGGCACAGACGCAAUCCGGGGCGUUGUUCCUCGUUAAAGGGGAAACUUUAUAACUUCGCGCUUUGCCCUCCCCUCCUCCCUCUCUCCAGCCCCCUGGCUCAGUUUGCCGUGGGCAAGGGGACUGGCGCAUACCCGCACCCACGGGCUGGAUUUGCUCCUUUGCUUCGGUUUGAUCUUUUGGGGCCAGUCGAGCCUCUGGGACGUCGCUUGGUGGGUGACUAUUGGAGAGAAAUCUUUCCAAAACUUCAGCCAAAAUGCUCCUUUUGUUGCUGGGGAUCAUCGUGCUCCAUGUGGCGGUUCUGGUGCUGCUUUUUGUCUCAACAAUCGUUAGCCAAUGGCUCAACGUUAAUGGGCGUACGGCAGACCUUUGGCAGAACUGCAGCGUUCUAGUGGCCCCGAGUUCCUUUCAGUGCUUAACGUCGUCCACGAACGAGUGGCUGCAGUCUGUCCAAGCUAUGAUGAUCCUCUCCAUUAUCUUCAGCGUGCUGUCUUUGUUCCUGUUCUUUUGCCAGCUGUUUACGCUCACCAAGGGGGGACGGUUUUACAUUACUGGAAUCUUCCAGAUCCUUGCCGGCCUGUGUGUGAUGAGUGGUGCAGCCAUCUUCACUGUGAGACACACGGACUGGCAGCCCACCACAAGUGAUACCUCCUUCGGCUUUGCCUACAUCCUGGCUUGGGUGGCCUUCCCACUGGCUGUCAUCAGCGGGGUGAUCUACGUCAUCUUGAGGAAGCGCGAAUAAUGAAGCAUGAGGCGGGGGGGCCAAGACAAGGCACUCAUGACAUCCAUGGAGGGGAUUGAGGCAGGGGAAGAAAAGACGACAAAACGGGGGGAGGAGGGGGGUGUUAACCAACCCCCCACCCCCUCAAAAUAAAAACCCAACAAAAAAACCCAAAAGGAAACACACCAAGGGUUACUGUGUUAAUUGAAGAUGUAUAUAGUAUCUAUGGUUUAAAAAACCUAUUUAUAACACUUUUUACAUAUAUGUACAUAGUAUUGUUUGCUUUUGUUGACCAUCUGCUAUGUGUUAAAGCCUAAAGAAAGUGCCUAAAGAACUAUUACUCCUAACAGUGUAACAAGAGCGCAGUAUUUUUUGUCCUUGUUUUUGUUUUACCCUCAAUGCGAAUGGAAUCUUCUUUGAAAGCUCCCGCCCCAAGGCAACCCACCAAAGAAACCCCAACUCAAACCAGAUCCCCAGAUGAGGUAAAUCAGUGCUGCUCCAAUGGCUUGAAUGGAGCGAUGUCCAUUUACACCAGCUGAGGAUCUGUCCCCUCCCACAAGUGCCAUGAUCCUAUUGCCUGAAGCGUGUGAAUAAAUAUCAUGCCUCAGGAGCCAAAUUUUCAAACCACCUAAGUGAUGUAGGAGCCCAAGUCCCAUUAGCUUUCCAACCACACCCAGUUGGGAACUUGGGUUUUUAACUCACAUAGGCACAUUUAAAAAUGUUACCUACCAGUUCCAUUGAAAUGUUACUGUAACUAGUGUACCUUUAACUUCGUUUUCUUUUGGAAGUUUCCCCUUAGAACAUCAAUGCUUUCCUGUGUUAGGCCUUGUGUAUAACAAACUCUCAUGUACCCAUCCCCACACACCCAAACCACCCAAGAACUGUAGCCUAUGACCUUGAAAUGUAUUUUUUCCUUGCCGUGUAGAUAAAGAUGGGAAAGAAUCAAACAAUAUAUAUCUAUGAAAUAAAAUACCAAAUAUGUGAAAUGGUGCUAUCUAUUUGCCAUUCCUUAUAUCACUAGCCAUUUAACCUUACUCACUGGAAAUUCAGUUAACAAUUUUAUGAGAUAAACAAAAGAUAGAAAUGAUAAAUAAUUCUAUGUAAUAUAAGUGGUCUAUAACUGCUUUUGUACUUAGACAAGUUGCUCUUAGUAUUAUUGUUAAUAAAGCAUUUAUAACCAAUUUUUCCCCCCUCAUGGUCAGGAGUAGCAGAAACAAAUCUCUGGAUGGAACCCAUAGGUCUUCAGAGACUGGCUUCUGUAAUCCUCUUUCUGUGCUUCAGAGGUGUGUCUGGCAAUGAAUUGUAUGGGCAUUUUACUGUAGAUUCAUAUACGGUGCCUUCUGAUGCUAAGACUCCAGACAUUCUGUUGUUUUGUUUUAUUGUUUGUUGUUUUUUUUGCUUUGCUUUUCUGAUUUUAUACCGACUGUGUGGACUAAGCAGCAAUGAAAUAAAAGUCAGAAUAACUCAA